UCGGGAGAAAGCAGGGGAAGCGAGAGGCAAGGCGGCCGGGCAGAAAGACAACCUAGCCGGGCCGCCACUCAGAGCCCAAGCCCUUGCGCCCAGCUCCCAAGGGCUCUCCAGGGGCCGGGGCUGGGGGCUCAGCUUCCGUGGGAGGAAGAAAAGGGCUGCGCCGUCUUCGUAGUGGACACCCCCUCCGCUCUCUCUCUCUCUCUCCGCCUUGGCCAAGCCGUGGGAAGGAGGCGGCGGGCGGAGGAGCUGGGGAAAGAGUUUCAUUCAAUGCGCGCAUGGAGGUUGGCGCGCCGGCGGCCGGGAGGGCUUGGCCCCCGACUCUCUUCUGAAGCUCGCCUCCCUUGGAGGAGCCUUCGCCUCCGCCUCCAUCCUGGCCCUGAGGAGCUCCCCAGAUCACUGCUUCUAGUUGAGCACAAAGAAACCGCAGAGACUUCAACAUCCUUCCUUGAGAAGAAAACCCAGCAGAGCAAGAUUAAUAUAGGCUUGUUUCUGGUGGCCUUUUGGUGCAAAAGCUGCCUUCAAGGGAGGCAGAAAAGAAAGAAACACUGUGGUAUUUAAUGAGCUGUGAAAUGAAGCGCUGUUGCUGCUGCUGUGGUUGCUAUUGCAACUCUUCUUCCUCUUAACACUCAGAUUUUGAAAUUCACCUGCUAUUCAUUGUGCUUAAUAUACAUGUUUCUGCAGUGUGCAUUUAGAAGAUCCCAGGAACGAAUUCACAACGGCUGCCGGGGAAAGGCCACCAAACAUGCCUACAGAAACACUACAGACAGGUAGCAUGGUCAAACCCGUCAGUCCUGCCAUCACAUUCACCUCAGCCGUUCCUCUCCGUAUCUUAAACAAAGGACCUGAUUAUUUUCGUAGGCAGGCUGAGCCUAAUCCCAAAAGACUUAGUGCCGUGGAGAGGCUGGAAGCGGACAAGGCAAAGUACGUAAAGAGCCAAGAGGUCAUCAAUGCCAAACAAGAACCAGUGAAGCCGGCAGUGCUUCCCAAACCACCAGUGUGCCCUGCAAGUAAGCGCUCUUUGGGCAGUCCUACCUUGAAAGUUUUCAGUAACAAUGUAAAGACUGAGAGUGGUGUCCAGAGGGAGAAUCUAAAGCUAGAGAUUUUGAAAAACAUCAUCAACAGCUCAGAAGGGUCCAGCUCAGGUUCGGGUCACAAACAUAGUUCACGCAACUGGCCUCCCUACAAGUCUGAUUCAGGAGACCUUAACCGGCACUCGUUUGCAGAAUCCUUAAAGGUUUACCCAACUCAAGGCCGUCGCAGCCCCCAAGACAGCAACUCCAGUGUGGGUAGGCGGCUAUUGGAACAGUCAACAGAAGCAUUCUUGCAUGUUUCUCAUAGUUCCUCGGACAUUAGAAAAGUAUCUAGUGGCAAACCCUUAAAAGCAAUACCCUGCAGUAGUUCAGCUCCACCUCUGCCUCCCAAACCCAAAAUUGCUGCCCUCACAACAUUAAAAUCCCCAGAGAUAGAUGCAGUGGAAACCAGUUGUGGAGUCAGCCGGCGUCCUUCCUUACAGCGUUCAAAGUCAGACUUGAGUGACAGAUACUUUCGAGUCGAUGCAGAUGUUGAAAGAUUCUUUAACUACUGUGGACUCGAUCCUGAAGAGCUUGAAAAUCUUGGGAUGGAAAAUUUUGCAAGGGCUAACUCUGACAUUAUCUCUCUCAACUUUCGCAGUGCAAGUAUGAUCAGUUCGGACUGUGAACAGUCUCAGGACAGUAACAGUGACCUUAGAAAUGAUGACAGUGCCAAUGACCGCGUGCCAUAUGGCAUUUCUGCAAUUGAAAGAAAUGCCAGAAUCAUCAAGUGGUUAUACAGCAUCAAGCAAGCUAGGGAGUCACAGAAAGUAUCCCAUGUGUGAAAAAUAUGCAGGAGGGAAGGGGGAGGCAAGGAAGGACUGUAUCUUUGUGAAUAUUCAGUUGUGAAGGAUUGUGAAGUCUACUUGAAGUCUUAAUACACUUCUCAGAUCUCUUUUUGUGUUGCUUGUUGUGCAAUGUUUUCAAGUUGCAUGCCUGUCAACAUGUGAACUGACCUGGCUUCCACUUGAACAAUAACUCGCUACAGAGCCUGGCUGAGCAUACACACACAUUGUCUGCCAAAAGUUUAAGACCAGAAUCUAAAUAGGGCUUUGUUUUUGAAUAAGUUGUUUACAUUAAAUGGUUAUAUGGCUUCUUUUUAAUAGUCUUGUAAUCCCCUGUGGGUGUUUUUUAAAAAUAUCUUACCAUUUUUGGUGUCUUGAGCACAGAUAUAGUAAAGACACAGGUAUCUUUUGAACUUAAAUAAAGAUGUAUUAAGAGAAGAAAUUGCCAAAUACAGUCAUCAUAAAUCCUUCCCUAGAACAGCAUAGUAGUCCAUGGAAUAAGCACCCAACAUGUAAUGCAUUUGGGUUUUUUUUAUUCUUUUGAAGAAGUUGUUUAUCUUCUAAAGAAAUAGUCUGUCGUUUUCUGUUUUGACAAUCUCACUGAAGCCCUCCACUACCCACUCUUUCACACAGCCUUUCUGCAAGCAGUUUAAAAAGAUACUUCUGCGUUUAUAAACUACUCUUGCAGGUGUUUGAUACAAAAAAAAAGAAAUGUAGUGUCUUGGUUUCACUUAUCAUAGGGUAUUUUGGAAGGAGGCUGAGAAAAUGGCACAUGAAAAUCAUGGGUGACAUUUUGAAGUGAGGUUCCUUGUCUUAAACUUUUGACAUGAAUAGUUAGAUCCUAUUUGCUGAUCUUGAAUGCCUUUAACUUAACAAAGCACAUCAUGAUUAUAAGCUCCUGCUGAUGACUACAUUUUUGUAGCCCUGUUUGAGCAGGUCAUGAACAGAAAAUGGAAGUACACAGCCAUAUCAGUAUGAGCCUCUUACCCAGAAGCUGAACACACUCAAUAUAGCUGAACUAUAUCUGAGAAAAUUGUGAUUAUGUUGUCUUAAAUAUGUUAUAUCUUUAAGGCUGUGGAGGUUUGUUACAGCUCUAGGAAACUGUAGAAACAAGACCAUAUGUAGCUUUUUUUGUUUGUUUGGUUUUGUCCUCUCUUCUUCCCUUGCCCUACAAUGUUUAGUGCUGCACGUCAAUCUGUUACACCUCUCUUUCUUUGACAAUCUUGUGUCUUCCCAAUGGUUUAACUGUCAUGUCAAAGUGACGGUUGUGAUGAGUAGCAGAGAAGUUGAAAGUGCAGUGGUCUGCUUCAUUAUUAUGAUUAUGAUUAUUCUACAUGCUUUGGAGUACUUUGCAGCACUAUCUUAUACUUCAUCAGCUAAUAGGAAACUUUUUAUUGUGUAAAUGCUGUAAGACUUUGUACAUAUUUCAGUUCUUACGAGAUCUUUAAAAAAAAGUGUUAUGCUAAUAAAUAGCUUUUGGUGCAA